AUGUUGGAGAUUAUAUGGAGGGACCCGGGAACCCCAGCUGAUUCUUAUUACGAGGUUCGCCCAGAAUGCACCGAUGUUCCUGAAAGCAAGUUCAGAAUUAAGGCUGGCAAAACUUUAAGUGUCCGAAAAUGGAGAGCUGCUUUCUCUCCGGAAGGCCAUCUUGAUAUAAGCAAAACACUCGGCCGAAUUCAUCGUGGGGGUAUUCACCCAACAAUUAGAGGUGAAGUUUGGGAAUUUUUGUUGGGUUGUUAUGAUCCUAUGAGCACGUAUGAGGAACGAGAGCAAAUACGUCAGAGUCGAAGAAUUCAAUAUGAUAGCAUGAAGAGAGUGUUUAAACAAAUGUUUCCAUUGAUUGGAAGUAGAAGAUUUGUCACAGCACCGAUAAUCACGGAAAAUGGCGAACCUACUCAAGAUCCUAUCGUACUUGGGCAAAUUAAUCUUGGAACAGAAACUGCACCCACUGAUCAACCUCCGUGCGAUGGUCCUAUGGAUAAGAGAGAGAUUAACUGGAAACUCACAUUACAUCAAAUAGGCCUUGACGUGGUCUGUACUGACCGAACGCUAAAGUUUUAUGAGAACCAAGAUAAUUUGUCAAAACUCUGGGAUAUCCUAUCUCUCUACUCGUGGUUUGAUUCAGAUGUCGGGUAUGGUCAAGUGGCACGCCAUCCAGCUGCCGUGCACGCCCGCGUGCGUGUGCGCAUUCCAUUGACUGCUGUGGCGCGCGGUAGCGCCCAGCAACGUCGGUAA